UGUAAUUCGCCGACUUGCGAUUCCCAAUGCAGAAGUAAGAUAACCUCUGUUGAUCCCUAUAUUGCAACUGAUUCAGAGCAAGCGAUUAUGCUUCUUACAUCGAAUGCUUACCGAGACUCGAGAUCAAAAUUCAGACCGCAAGCCGAACUGCAUCGGACUUGGCUCGUCAUGCUACGAUCCCUGUUUCAUUGACGGAGAUGGGAUUGUCUUCUACUUCCACGGCAAGACCAACCAAACUUUCAGUUUAGUUUCGGACCCUGCCCUCUAAAUCAAUGCGCGCUUCAUUGGCCAUAGACCAGCCGGUCGAGCCCGAGGCAACACAUGGAUUCAGGCACUCGGAAUCCUCUUCAACUCCCAGUCCUUCAUCUUGGAAGCAACAAGAGCCGAGACUUGGGAUGAUCAGAUUGAUCAUCUGAUUUUCGCUCACAACGGAAAUGAAAUAGGAAUACCACAAAACCCUCUGUCCACAUGGUACUCUGAGGCCGAAGACAUAAAGGUUGAGAGAGUAUCGAGCAAGAACAGUGUAACAGUGACCUUAGAAGACAUGGCUGAGAUUAUGGUGAACGUGUUCCCUAUUACAAAAGAAGAUGAUAGGAUUCAAUAUAUGUUGCCUUCUGAUGAUUGCUUUGCUCACUUGGAAGUGCAGUUCAGGUUCUUUUGUCUGUUGCCAAAGGUGGACGGUGCGGUCGGAUGGACCUAGCCCGAUUGUGUGAACCCAGCAAAGCCCGGUGUGGCUCUGCCUGUGGUGGGAGGUGAAGAUCAGUAUAGGACUGCUUCACUUAUCUCUGCAGACUGCAAGCUUUGCCUUUACGCUCCAGGAAGUGAUAAUGAGGACCGAGAGAGCUUAUUGGCAACUACUCAGUAUGGCACAUUGGAUUGCACCAGAGGUGUCUCCACCGGUUCUGGUGAUGGCACGAGUUUAUAAAAAUGAAUGUCUUCGUCAGAAAUAUCAUCACUCGUUAUCAUUACAAAACAUGUCAGAUGCUCCUGCUUCGCCCCUAAUAAUCCAAUUAAGGGAAAGAAUAAAAGGCCUAGUACCGUAAUGCCGUAUCUCUUAUCCACACCGUUUUGCCUUGUGUCUUAGAAAGACCCUAAAACUA